UUCUCUCUCUCAAAAAUAAAUUAAUAACGGAUAUUAACCGAAACUUGAAACGUUCAGUUUUUACAAACAUUAUGCAGUCCAGUUUUGUGUUAGCGAUUGUUUUGGCCGGCGUUGCGCUGGUCGCUGCUCGUCCGGAGCCACCGCGUGAUACCUACAGCGCACCACCAUCGAGCAGCUAUCAGCCGAGCGGACCCAGCGGCGGCUACGGUGCACCUGCACCACAAUAUGGACCACCACAGCAGCCGCCAGUGGUGCACAAGCACGUCUAUGUCCAUGUGCCACCACCAGAGCCAGAGUACCAGGCACCCAGGAAACCUCUGUAUGUGCCGCCUCCACAGAAGCACUACAAGAUUGUGUUCAUCAAGGCGCCAUCGCCACCAGCACCAACUGCACCAAUUAUCCCACAAUUCCCACAGAACGAGGAGAAGACUUUGGUCUAUGUGCUAGUCAAGAAACCAGAGGAGCAGCCCGAUAUUGUUAUACCAACACCGGCACCAACGCAGCCCAGCAAACCGGAAGUCUACUUCAUUCGCUACAAGACCCAAAAGGAGGAGACUGGUCCCUACCCGAAUGCCAUUGCACCACCUUCGGAGUAUGGCGCACCCGCUGCCCCGCCAGCACCAUCCGCGCCAAGCAGCUCCUAUGGAGCACCUGCUCACUAAGCGAACCGCUGCUGCCUCCGGCCACUCAUCAUCCCCCUACCCCCU